GUGCUGCCUAGAGCGGGGUGGAUAUCAUCAAUCCCUUUAUAAACUCGAACAAUAAUUCCAUUGCUAUCAAAGUAGUUUCAAACAUCCAAGUGUAAAUCAGUGCUUGUUAUAGUUAAAGCAACAAAGUGUACCAAAAGAAUAGAAUGGCUGCCUUCAAGAUUGUGUUUGUUGCCGUGUGCCUGAUUGGAGCUAGCAAGGCGAGUGUUCUACUGCCAGCUGCUCGAUUCGCUGCUGCACCGGUGGCCGCCUUAGCGCCAGCAGUUCCAGCGGUUGCAGCAGUCAACACCAACUACGACCCGUUGCCACAGUAUACUUACGCGUACAACGUUCAAGACGCUUUGACCGGUGACAACAAGAGCCAGCAAGAAACCAGAGAUGGAGAUGUUGUGAAGGGCUCUUACUCGCUGGUCGAACCUGACGGCACUGUGCGCACUGUGAUCUACACUGCCGAUCCAAUCAACGGCUUCAACGCAAUCGUCCAGCGCGGCCCAUUGGUACACAAGGCGCUGGUGCCAGUAGCACCGGUAGCCAAGGUGUUCGGUUAAACUGUGUGUUAAACCGUCCUUUUUGUUGCAUUGCUUACCUAUAGAAACAUAGACUGAUGCUUACCAACCAUCAAUUAUAGUGCUGUUACCUAAGUUGUUAGUAAAUAAAAUAAUUAUGUGUCCAAUGUGAACAA